UUGCAGCCGGCGCUUCGAGGUGGAGAGUGGGGCUCAGAUCGGCGGCCCGGUCCGUUGCACUCUUUCCGCUUUCGGUAGCGGCUCUUGGACCGUGAGGCCUCACGCCUGUCGAGAUGUGUAGAGAGUAUCGAAUGCUCCGUCUUACCCGCGACGAUCGAUGACACCCCGCCCCUCGACAAUGCAAUAACAAUGGCAGGACGGAACCGGCAGCUCGUCUGCCUCCUCUUCUUCCUCUCGCUCUUCUCCCUCUCCCUCGCCGCCUCACCCACCCUCUUCUGCAAAUGCACCUGCUUCACCAACUCCACCAUCAUCCCCUUGACGCAACAAUCCCCCAACAGCGACGCCACCACUCCCACCACCCGCAGCUGCAACGAUUGCACCAAGCGAUUCUGCCUCGACUACAACCUCCCCAUCUGCGCGUCCGCCACCGAGGAUGAUGUGCUCACCAAGUGCUUCCAGCGGGAUAGCACGAAAGACGAGGCGAUUGUGUUGAUCUUCAUCUUCGCGACGCUAGGCCUACUGGCUUGGGCGGCCGUGAAACCCUGGGUGGUGAAGUGGAGGGCGGGGAAUGGACGGGCGCGGGCGAGCUAUCUACCUGUUCCCGGCCCUGGAUGAGGCAUGACGACCUUCGGCGAAAUCUGGGUAUGGCGCAACUGGGGUGGCUUUGGGUAUAUGUGUAUAAAUGGGCGACAAGCUUGGGAGGUAGACUUGGUUACGAUUUGUAUUCUGGU